AUCUAGACCCUAGAUAGAGAGAGAAGAAAAGGAGGGAGAGAGAGAGAGAGAGAGAGCAAAAAUGGUUCUGCUUGAAAAGCUUUGGGAUGAUAUUGUCGCCGGACCUCAGCCUGAACGCGGCCUUGGCAUGCUUAGGAAGCCGUCUCCUAAGCCCUUGAAUAUCAAAGUGGAGGGAGAGUCGAGCAAGUUGGCGAUGCCGAUGAGCCCCGGAACACCAGGCACCCCAGGAACCCCGGGCACACCAGCUUCCGCUCGUGCUAAAGACAACGUUUGGAGGAGUGUGUUCCACCCAGGUAGCAACCUUGCCACCAAAUCCAUGGGCAACCAGGUUUUCGACAAGCCACAGCCCAACUCUCCCACUGUCUACGACUGGCUCUACAGCGGGGAGACCAGGAGCAUCCAUCAUCGUUAAGGUGACGAAGAAACAACUGAGCUCACCAGCAGCCGCCAGGGGCUGCAUGUAAAUAGUGUACCUUUUCAUCUCAGUGUUUGCCACGCGCCCCGAUGAGGGUUUUCUGAUGGCAAUACGAUUAGGUAUCCUUAUGGAUUUUGUAUCUAGGGCUUUCUUCCAGGAGAGCUCACUGUCUUGGAAUUAUGAUAUGUGAGAUUGUCUGAACGCUUGUGCGGUGAUGAUUGUUGGGUCAGAUCUAACGUUGGAUGGUUGUGAGGAGUUGCUGUCGUGUUUUUACUAUAAUCAAAUAAAUAAAUAUCUUCUGUAUUUUAUUA